AUGCCGUCCCCAGCGCCGGCCUCCUGGACGGCGCCGGCCUCCGGCCCUCAGCAACCACAGCAGCAGCAGCGGCAGCAGGAGCAGCAACACGCCCCGCCGCCGGGCGCCGCCCCCGCCGGCGGCGGCGCCUGCGGCGGCACCGCCGCGGCGGCGGCCGCGCUCUCGCCCAGCUGGCGGCACGCGCAGGGGCCGGGGGCGGGGCUGCAGAACCUCGGGAACAGCUGCUUCAUGAAUGCAGUGAUCCAGGCGCUGACCUACCUGCCGCCCCUCGGCAACCUGUGCUUGUUCGGCGCGCACGCAAAGGCGUGCACCCUCGCCCCCGGCUCGUGUGUGCUGUGCAAACUAGAGACUCAAGUUGCGCGUCUGCUGCGGCGCGGCGCGUCGGCGGCGGGCGCGGCGGCGGCGGCAGCGGGCGGCGGCGGUGCAGGCGGAGGCGGGUUUGGGGCGGGCGCAGACUGCCCUGAGGCGCUGCACAGGGCUCUGCCCCUGCUCAAUCGAUCUUUCGUGCGCGGCAGGCAGGAGGACGCCCACGAGCUGCUGCGCUGCCUGGUGGACGCGUUGGAGCGCGACCUGCUGCGCCUCGAGGGCCGCUGGCAGCCGGGCGGGCGGCGGCUGCAGUGCCCUGGGACCCUGGUGAAUGUGCUGUUCCAGGGGGCAGUUCUCAACACAGUGGAGUGCCUGCAGUGCGGCCACCAGUCGAACACAUGGGACCCCAUUCAGGACCUGUCGCUGGAGAUCGCGCGCGCGUCGUGCGUGGAGGACGCGCUGCGGCGCUUCACCGCGCCGGAGCAGCUGGACGGCGCAAACAAGUACAGGUGUGAGGCGUGCAAGCGGCUCGUGGCGGCGCGCAAGCAGAUGACGAUAUACGACGACCCCAACGUCUUAGUCAUCCACCUGAAGCGCUUCGACGGCUUCCACGGCGGGAAGAUCUCCGGCCACGUGGCCUUUGGGGACCAGCUGGAUCUCACGCCCUACCUCUCGUGCCGCAAACGCAACGCGCGCCGCUGGCAGCGCUGCUGCGGCAGGGGCAGCGGCGGCAGCAGCGGCGGCGGCGCGGAGUGCAAGGGCUGCUUGGCGGCGGCCGCGGCGGCGGCGGGCGGCGGAGGCGGCGAGGGCGCGGGCGUGGGGCGCAGCGUGUACCGGCUGCACGGGGUGCUGGUGCACUCUGGGCUGAGCGCGACAAGCGGCCACUACUACUCUUUCGUGCGGGACGGGCUGCAGCCGGCGAACGGGUGGCACUGCGCCAACGACAGCAGCAUGUACAGGGUUGCCUGGCGCAGCGUGCAGGAGCAGAGCGCCUACAUGCUGUUCUACGUCCGCACCACCAUGAAGCCGAUCGCCGAGCUGCCCAAGCCGACAGAGGCCCCGGGCGUGCCGCCGGGGCCGGCAGCCGAGCGGCCGCCGGGCGCAUCCCUGCCGGCGAAGCGGCCGGCGCCCAUCGGGCCGCAGCUGCCGCCCGAGCUCGAGGCGAAGCGGCGGCGGGCGUCUGAGGACGGCGGCGGCGCCGGCGGCGGCGGCGGCGGCGUGUCGCGGGCGCCGAUCGGGCCCGCGCUGCCGCCAGGGUGGAGCGGCGGCAACCACAGCGGCAGCGACGGCGAAGGCGACGGCGACGUCGGGGACGAGGUCCCAGCGGCGAGGCCGGCGUCCCCGUCGGCGGCGCACGGCGCGUUCAGCCGCGCAGCGGCUGGUGCGCUUACCAGUCAGCAGCAGCAGCAGGAGCAACCGGCGCGCGUCGGCGGCACGACGCGCAUUGGGGGCCCGCCGCGGUUGGGGGGCCCCAUCCGGCAGCUGCAGAUCAAGCUGAAGCCCAAGGCAGCCGCCCCCAGCCAGCAGCAGCCGCUGCCACCCCAGCAGCAGCAGCACCAACAGCAGCACCAGCAGCAGCAGCAGCAAGCGGAGCGCCAGCCGCCCAGCUUGACGGCCGUGAAGGCGCCGGCCCCCUCGCCCGCGCCUCUUGCCGCGCCGCAGCCUGGCGCGGCGCAGCAGCAGCAGCAGCAGCAGCAGCAGCAGCAGCAGCAAAUGCCGCAGCCCUCCCCCGACCCCGCGCUCGCCGCGCUGCGCAGGGCGGCGGCGUCUGCGAUCUUUGAAAAGAUCAAAGGGGCGAGCGACGCGGUGGGCACCUUACUAGACAUCGCCAGGGGCCGACACGCCCAGGGCCUCCCCCUCGCGCGGCCCAGCGAGAUGGAAGCUUCCGAGCGGCUGCGGAUCCAGCGGGCCGUCGGCAAGGCGGCCAACAGCGCGGGCGCGAACAGGCAGGCGUGGGCGUUCAUGGAGGCGGCGCUCAAUGGCGGGGACCCCCGGCUGGGGGCGUGGCGGGAGAGGGUCGAGGAGGAGGCGCGGGCGGAGGCGGCCGCGGGGCGGCGCGGCGCGGAGGGGCCGUGA